GUAUGAGUAAUUUGUUGGUAUAUAUUCUGUUCGGGAGUCUCGAACGUUCUUUCUAAGCUCAAGCGUCCUACAGUCAAGAAGCUCCUUUGUUUUUUGAAGUAAGAAUAGCGUGUAAUGGAUUCUAUUUCAUAUAAUUUUGCUAUGGAAGAUCAGAAACCUAUAUUUACGACUGCGAGUGAUACGAAAGCUACGACCACAACGGAGACAUUCGCGCCUACCGAGGGCAGGAACAUGAAUCCCCCAGAGAGUAUGUUCUCCCCCCUGGCGGCGCAGUUCCAGGGCCGUGGUGGCAACGAGCUGCUCACGUUGCUGGCUCAGCAGGAGCCCCGCACGGGGGACACUGCUCCAACGGCGAACGAUAUCGACAUGAUGAACUAUCGCAUGAGCGGGUCAGACUUGCUGUUUGAUGAUGAGAGCAGCACGCAUAAUUAUUACAUGGGAGGCAGUAGGCCCGAUUCGGUGGCUUCUCAAGCAAACAUGUGGACGGAAGGCAGCGGGGUGUCCGCGGCGAGGAGCGGGGAAAUGAUCGACACCUUCGAUUUUCUUGUUAAAAGUCUAUCGUCAGCCAACAACUACGUGUCAAUGCUGACCCGCGAGCAGCUGUCGGUGCUACGCUGCAUCCGGCCCAGCCUGCUGUACGAGUUCCUGCAGGAGGUGGCCAAGGUGCGCGGGGACAAGCGCAUGCGCCGCGCGUUGCCCAAUGAAUGUGCGUUCUGCAAGAACAACGGCGAGAACGAGGAGUGCUACUCGUCUCACGCGCUGAAGGACUGGCGUGGCCGCGUGCUGUGCCCCGUGCUACGAGCGUUCCGCUGCCCUCGCUGCGGCGCCACCGGCGACCGCGCGCACACAAUCAAGUACUGCUCCGAGAACAACGACGCUGCAUCGGAGCGCUCGGGGCUGUCGUCGCGGCGGCGCGCGCAGCCGCCGUCACUGCUGCUGGGCGCGGGGGGCGCACCCCCCGGGCUGCGCGGGCCCGCCUCCGGUGCUACGCCCUCGCCGCCCGCGCCGUCCCCCUCCCCCGCCUCUGCUGCCCUCUCACAUUCCUCGCUAUGGUCUAGCUUUGGAAUGAACUAACGUUUCACCUUAUAUCUCAUUAGCUUAAGUCCACGCCUUCAAAUCGCACGCAAAGAGAUAUUUGAGCCAAUAGUAUUGGCUUAUUUAUCACGUAGCCAAUAGAGAUGGUUCAUUUAUCACGUCGCAUGCGAUAUGUGGGUGCUAUGUAAGGCUACAGGAUUAUUUUAAGGUGUAAGGAUUUCUCUUUAUAUGUUACUAGCAAGAAAGAUCAAUGUUACAGCAUUUAAAAAUUAGUUGAACUAAAUAAAAUCUAAGGAUUUUUUAAAAUAUACUCAAUGAUUUAGAUAAUUAGGUGUUACAAUACUACUUUUGAAGUUAUUAGUUCCACUAACGUUUGAUCCAUUAUUUACAGGAGCCGUGUAUAUCUCCUUUCGAAUAUAGAUAGGGUGUUCAUAUAGUACAUUACUUUUGCUGUAGGUUACAGAUAGUAGGAUUAAUACACUUUCGUUGAGCUUGAAAGACUUAUCUAUCGUAAAACUUUGUGUAGUUAAUUUAACCAUUUUAUUAUACAAAUGUAUGAUGUAUUAACUAAGACACAGUCUGACAACUGUGCAGAGAUGGUAGAACAAAUUUCCGCUUACUAAAUUUGACAUAUUCUUUAACAGAUUAGUUUUUCCGAGAAUAUUAUAACACACAAGUAUGUACCGAGAUCGUCAAAAAAUAUUUUUUUAACAUAAUUGUUAAACUAUGUCAAAAAUCCGAGCGAAAUUUUGUUCGGCUUCUCAAUGUAGGUGUAAUACCAAAACGACCAAUAUAUUCGAAUACUGGAUUAUGAUUGUACUUUAGUACUUUACCAUGUUGAACAUGUUUUUUCUGUUUUUCUAAUACUUGAAGUUAGAUUCUAAUUUGCAAGGCCGGCGUUCACCUUACUAUUUCAGAUAGAAAGGCGAACAUUCAAUGGCGGAGUGUCAUAAAACAACUAGUAGUUCAAAUAUAAAUAUGCUGGCUAUACUUUAUUUGAAAUACUCAAUACUUUAGACGCAAAUUAGGACGUAACUCUAGUCUAAUUUCUUAAUAAAUUUUUCAUUGGGUUUUAAAAAUGUAUAACUUGUUAUCCUUAUCAGAUAAAAAAAAUAUUGUUUAUUAUGAAUUUCCAUGUCGUCAACGUUUCACAAUACAAUUCUAUUCCAAUUCUAAAUUCAUGAAUUUAUUGUAAAUACUGAUGAUUCAUUUAUAAUCAAUUUAUCAAUAAUUCAACAUCAACUGCGUUUUAACUUUGGCAAAUCAAUAAUACAAUUAAUUCACCAGCAGUUUUACCAAUGAAAAAUUAUUUCUUCCAAUUUAUUUCUACGGGUGUGGGUUUCUUUUUAAAAAUAAAUUUUUGAGCAUUA